AUGAAGUCCGAUUUCAAGUUUUCAAACUUGCUAGGAACUGUGUAUAGACAAGGAAAUUUGGUCUACACCGAAGAUGGCACUAAAUUAUUGAGUCCAGUAGGUAACAGAGUAUCAUGCUUCGACUUAAUAAAUAAUAAGUCAUUUACUUUUAAUUAUGAACAUAGAAGAAAUAUAUCCAGAAUUGCUUUAAAUAAGCAAGGAACGUUACUCUUAUCGGUCGAUGAAACAGGAAGAGCUAUUUUAGUGAAUUUUGUUUCGAGAACUGUGUUGCAUCACUUCAACUUCAAAGAUAAAGUAUUGGAUUUACAGUUCAGCCCUGACGGCCAUUAUUUUGCCAUUGCAUAUAACAGAUUUAUUCAGGUAUGGAAAACACCAGAUUUCACUGAAGAUCGACAAUUUGCACCAUUUGUUCGUCAUAGAGUAUAUGCUGGCCAUUACAGUGAUGUUACAUCCGUUACUUGGUCCAAUGAUUCCAGAUUUUUCAUAUCGACAUCCAAAGACAUGACAUCAAGAAUCUUUUCAUUGCUGUCUAAAGAAAAGGAAGUAGCGAUGACUUUAGCGGGACAUCGUGACUACGUGAUUAAGGCAUUCUUUAACGAGACUCAAGAAAUUAUAUACACUAUAAGUAAGGACGGUGCAUUGUUUCAAUGGGAAUACACUGAAAGACCAUCAGACGAAUCAGAUGAGGAGGAAGAAGAAAGCGAUAGCGAUAGUGAAAUGAACGAUGACGCAGUAAAGAGUCAAAAACCGAUGAGUUGGAGAAUCACUGCUAAGAAUUUUUUCCAUUCUAAUGCGAAUGUUAAGUGUGCUACAUUUCAUCCUAAGUCUAAUCUUUUGGUUAUUGGUUUCACUAACGGUGAGUUCAGAUUAUACGACUUACCUGAGUUCAAUAUGAUUCAGCAAUUAAGCAUGGGACAAAAUGCUGUGAAUACCGUAAAUAUCAAUAAGACUGGUGAAUGGCUAGCCUUCGGAUCUUCAAAACUUGGUCAAUUGUUGGUUUAUGAAUGGCAAUCUGAAUCAUAUAUUUUGAAGCAGCAAGGUCAUUUCGAUUCUAUGAAUGCAUUAUGCUAUUCUCCUGAUGGUUCCAGGAUAGUUACCGCAUCUGAUGAUGGAAAAAUAAAGAUUUGGGAUGUUGCGUCUGGCUUCUGUUUAAUGACUUUUCAAGAACAUACAUCUUCCGUUACAGCAGUUCAGUUUGCUAAGAAAGGUCAAGUAUUAUUUUCUUCUUCAUUAGAUGGAACAAUCAGAGCAUGGGAUUUAAUUAGAUUCAGAAAUUUCAGAACAUUUACAGCAACUGAAAGAGUCCAAUUCAAUUCAUUAGCUGUCGACCCAAGUGGUGAGGUUGUUGUUGCAGGAUCUCAAGAUACUUUUGAAAUAUACGUCUGGUCUGUUCAAACAGCACAGCUCUUAGACUCAUUGACAGGGCAUGAAGGUCCGAUUUCAUGCUUAGCUUUUGGUACCGAAAAUUCGGUAUUAGCAUCGGCAUCAUGGGAUAAGACAAUCAGAAUUUGGAAUAUUUUCAGUAGAUCACAACAAGUGGAACCAAUUGAAAUCCAAUCAGAUGUGUUAAGUAUUGCAUUGAGACCCGAUUCAAAAGAAGUAUCAGUAUCUACUUUAGAUGGACAUAUAACCAUUUGGGAUGUAGAAGACGCAAAGCAGUUGCACCUUAUAGAUGGUAAGAAGGACAUUAUUGGGGGAAGAUACUUAGAAGAUAGAUUCAGUGCCAAGAAUCUGGCUAGGUCAAAGUACUUUACUACCUUGAACUACUCCUUUGAUGGUUUAUCAUUGGUUGCUGCUGGUAACAAUAAUUCUAUUUGUCUUUAUGAUAUUUCGAAUGAAGUUUUAUUGAAACGAUUCACUGUAUCCCAAAACAUGCAAUUAAAUGGUACGCUAGGCAUGCUUAACAGUUCAAGAAUGACUGAAGCAGGGUCUCUUGACCUCAUUGAUAGAGAUGGAGAAAAUUCUGAUUUGGAAGAUAGAAUAGAUACUUCAUUACCUGGGUCUCAUAAAGGUGAUCCAAGUGCUAGAAACAUCAGACCAGAAAUUAGGGUUACAUCGAUAUCGUUUUCACCUACCCUGUCAGCAUUUGCGGCUGCAUCUACCGAAGGAUUAUUGAUCUACUCGGUUGACAAUACAUUAAUAUUCGAUCCAUUUGAUUUGGAUAUCGAUAUUACUCCUGAAGCCACAAUUGAAGUGUUGAAUGAAAAAGAUUACUUGACAGCUCUUGUAAUGGCCUUCAGAUUGAAUGAACAAUACCUCAUCCAUAAGGUAUAUGAAUCAAUACCCAUCAAAGAUAUCAAGUUGGUAAGUAAUGACUUACCUAUCGUGUAUCUCGACAGAAUGUUACAAUUCGUAGGUAAGCUUUCGUUGAACUCACCGCAUUUGGAGUUCAACUUGCUUUGGGUUCAAAACUUACUCACAAGCCACGGGAAAUAUAUCAACAACAAUAAGAGUGACUUUACCAGCUCAUUAAGGUUACUUCAGAGAUUCCUCGCUAGAAUUGCUAAGGAUAUUGUAAGCAUAUCCAAGAAAAACGGAUACGCCUACUCUUUCUUAACCACGAAGCCAAACGUCCAAGACACUGAAGGCGAAGAGGAAGAAAAUUCUGAGGAAUUUGAAACGGCACAAAAUAUACAAAUCGACGGCAGCGACGAUGAAAAUGGCAUAAUAGAAGACGAAGACGACGAAGGAUGGUUCGGUAUCGAAGAGAAGAAUACCAAAUCCGACGUCUUUAACUCUAACGAAUCCGAUUCAGAUUCAGAUUCAGAUUCAGAUGAGCCAAUGGAAUGA